AUCAAAAUGCCCCUCUUACCUUUGAUUAGGCUAAUAUUCGAACCGGUUAUGUUGGCGAGUGGAACAUGUUCAGCCUUGCAGGAAUAAAACAUAAUCUCAUACGGAAACAACGGCACGAGGGGCCAGUUCAUCGAUAUAAAUGUCACCACAGUCGUGUUGUGCACACAGUCACAGACAGUAGCGGCAAUAUCAUCAACGAUCUCAAAAUCACCCCUUCCUCCGGCACUUCUCGGACCCUUACAGACAGCGCAACCAGCACUGCAUCCGGAAAUGCGCCGGCGUCCUACUCUGGAGGUCUGAGUAGUGGCGCAACGGCAGGAGUCAAUGUCGGUGCUGGACUGGGUGGGUUGCUUCUCAUCGGCGGCCCUAUUCUCCUCUUUCUGCAUCGCCGCCAAAAAAAAAGAAAACGACUGUCUCAACCCUAUCCCGAGGCCGAUCUUAUUGUGCCAGGGCAACUUAAGCCAGAGCUUUCAGAUGAUCCGGUGCCACGAAAGGAGAUGUCUGGGAGUCCAGUGGAACAAGUGAAGAUAGAGCCUCAGGAACUGCCGGUGCCGUGGCCGAGGUAUGAGAUGGAGGCAGACUCAAGGGGGUUCGCACAUCGGUCAGUCCCUGAAUGAUCUUCAGAAUACCAGGUGGUCCAUGUCGCAGUCAUAAUGAUUUGAAUACACGGAAAUUUAUUUACACUAACACUCAUCUCAUCUGCUCUCUGGCGAAUUGCUACUCAAGCUUACCCAGACGUCAUUGUCGUAUAUACCGGCCGAUCAUACUCUCUUCCCUGAAACGC